AUUGCCUGUAGUUUGAUAAUUUGAUUUGACCAUAAUCGAUUCUCGGUCUUCCCGAACUCUACUCGUCGUAAAUCGGGAAACCCACUUCAAAAAUGUUAGUCAAAGGAAAUUUCAUGGGCUGUAAUCUUUAAAAUGGUGAAAAGGAAAGAGAACAUCCGAAGGAGAAGUUGAAGAGAUGGGUUUUUGGGAAGCUUUUCUCGAGCUCUCUGCAAAUGUCUUCACUGUUCUCCGUUGGCCUUCAUUCACUUUAAUUUAUCCAUUGUGUGUUUCAAUUCGGACGGUGGAGACUAAUUCUUCCUUCAAAAAUCAGAAAUGUCUUAAAUACUGGGUUCUGUUUGCUCUGAUUACAAUGGCGGAGCUGACGCUUGGGAAGGUUUUGAAGUGGUUUCCUUUCUGGCCCUAUGCCAAGGGUGUUGCUACCAUAUUACUGGUCACACCCUACUUUGAUGGCGCUUCUUAUGUCUUCAAGCAUUGGAUUAGACCGUAUUUUAUAGAGAAAAUAUGGAAUAUCCUGUUCUUUCCAAAGAAUGGCAUUGUAUUGGAAGCACAGAAUGGCAUUGUUGAUGAUGCUGAUACAAACAGUUUCAAGAAGGAAAAACUUAUCACUAGCCAGGGAAAUUUUGAUCUCAGUUCUGACAAUACAGAGGUGAAUUGUACUUGGUCAACCCAUCCAAAGAGGGUUCAAAAGGAAUGGAGCUGUGUACUUUGUCUGAUAAGUACUUCAAGUGAAAAUUGUUUAAAGGAACACCUCCGAGGGAAGAAGCACAAGACCAAGGAAGAUGAACUCAGAGUACAUGAACUGCCAUUGAGGGACACUUGUAAGUUAUCUUCAGUGCCAAAGAAAGAUGAGAGAGUUGUUUUUCUUAGAAACCUGAACAUUGAGAGAUGGAGUGGCCUUCUAAGUCCCGUCACCAGAUCAAUUAGAUGGUGUAAAUGGAAGAAGCCAGAGAAAGGAUGCAUAAAAUUAAAUACUGAUGGCUCUGUAGAUCCAGAAAAUUCGGGUUUUGCUGGUUUGUUUCGUGAUUACAAGGGUGAUCCAUUAUGUGCUUUUGUCUCUAAAGCUCCUCAAGAUGAUACUUUCUUGGUUGAACUAUGGGCUAUAUGGAGGGGUCUUGUUCUUGCUUCAGGUUUGGGUAUUAAAGUAAUAUGGGUUGAAUCUGAUUCAAUGAGCGUUGUCAAAACCAUUAAUCGACAGCAACCGUAUAGUACAAAGAGCAGUCGCUGUUUGAAGCAAAUCUGGAAACUUCUAACUAAGUUUGAGAACUAUCAGGUUACUCAUUCAUGGCGAGAAACUAAUAGAGCAGCUGAUCAUCUUUCAAAAAUGGUUCUUAGGGAAAGUGAUCUUGUCUUGUGGCCUGUUGACUUUCCUGAUGGCCUUCGCAAUAUUAUCAAGGAUGAUGCACAAGGGAAGAUUUACUUUAGACGUUAACUUCUGAUUCUGACUUUAUAACCAAAAGAAGGGGAAAAUAAGAUGACUGUGGUGGGGGAUUAGUGGUGUUGCAUACAAUCGCUCAGAUUGUGUUUGGAUAUGCAUUUGGAAUAUAGGUUUUAAACUCCAGGAGGACCUUUUUACGGUGUGACAUGAGUACAGGACUGCCUGCUUCAGGGUGCCUGUGACAACUUGUGAUCAAUAACCAAGACAACUUUGAAUAUUUCAACCGUAGGCACUAGGCAGUAAGGCUUCCAUUUGAAGUUCUUACCAUGUAAAUAACUGUUGGGCCAAGUUCUUUAGAAGUGUAUAUUUUGCUUAAUUUGUCAUGUGCGUUAUCUUUGACCCAAUGCUAACCCCUCUAUAUGUAUAUCGGUGGGGUUCAUGACAUGGCAAAUCACAAAUUCUCAAAUAGAAAAGUUGAUUUUUGAAUCAAAUUUCUCUCAGGCUCACAGCAUUUUUUGUAGAAUUUUGCCAACAAAAAAAAAUGGAACAUGAGGUUUUAGUAGGUGUCUCCAAAUUAUGUAUUUAGCCAAGGAGGGGUUUAGCUGAAUGUCUUGAUAGAGGACAAUUGAGGGAGUGGAGGUUGCUAAAGUAAAAAAAUAUAUAUGAACGAAUGAAAUGUAAUAUCCACUCUCUUUGCUAGAAAACAGAGAUCUUCUGACUUGUCCAAAAAAAGCUGAAAUGUUCUGAGUUCUGAUCAUGCCUAACGUUCAUGUAGAUCAAGCCUUGGAAAAACAGGCUGCAAAGUGGAAGGAUGUUUCUACUAAAUAUGAAUGCGAUCAAUCAUGGAGUUGGAGAGAAAAAUAAUGGUAAAUUACAGUUAUUUUGUCCACAAAUUAUAGAAAUCUUCUAGACAAACCUGCUUAAACAUCAAAGGGUAUGUUUCAUAUUCACUGAUCCUUUUCAGACCGUAAAGCAAGAGCAUUUGCAGCCCUCUAAUCUCACGAGACUGCAAAUUGACCCAUCUAGAGCACUAGUUAGGAUUACAAGGAGUACAAAGCCACUCAAUACAGUUGAAAAUCCAUCGACAAAAUCAACCGAUAUCACGGUAUAAUAAGAUAGGGAGAACAACAAAUGGGAAGUGGAGUUAAUUUUAGCAUUAUUUUUUCCUUCUUUUUUUCUCUCUCUCAAUUACUAAAUUUACCUUUGUUAUCAAUUUUUGGUUGAUUAAAUCAUGCCGAUUUUAC